AUGCCCCAUCAGGACCCUCUGAAGGCCGCGAAGCUCGCUGCCGUUGGAGUCUUCUUCCUGCGCCCAACCGUCGCAUCCGACCGAGCUGGCCUCGACCGAACCGGGGCGACCAUUGGCAUCCGCGCGCCAAAAGUCCGGCAGCCGCAGGAGGGCGCCUUCGGCCCCAGGCGGGAAGAGCGCGCCCUCCAAGUCCGACGCGAACGCGACCUCAAAGCCGACGAUGCGACGCAGGCCGAGGACGAACUGGAAUUCCUCUGCGGCCGUGCCGCCAGGGGCACCACUGACCACGUCGUUGACAUGGUGGCCGGCCAGAAUCCCAAACAAUAUGCGCGCCACGGCGACGAGGGCGCGAGGCAGGCGAGCGCGCUGCUGCGGCUGCGCCCCCCCGCCGAAUGUCAUGCACCGAGGGGCCGCGGCCGCGGCGCCCCCUGCGCCGGCGUCGACGACGAAGGAGACGCAGGAACGCCGCUGGGCAAGCUAGAGCCCCGCCUGGUGAAACAUAUUAUUCCAGUCCACCCUCGCAAGCGUCAGCUCGGGGCAAUCGCGCGCCUCUGCAGCCGCGCGAACGAAGGCGGUGAUUCCGUCGACGCCCGUCAUGUGCAUUUUCUCAUGGAGGCCAGUGGCUGCCGCGACGCCGCCGGCCCGCGAGCCUUGGGACCUUCGAAUUUUGCAACUUUGCUCCAAGUCAACAACAUUGCCCAGCGCGGCGCGCAGGUUGCUGACCAAGGCAGGCACGGAUUCGGCCCGCGCGAUGUCCAUGCGGCCCUUGGCCGCUUGCUCCUUCACUGCUUGCCGCUGUUCUGGUCGGCGCGAUGCGGCCGCGGCGCGCUGCCCCGCGUCCUGGCGUUUGGGGGCCAGCGCCAGGUUGUCAGCCGCAUGGGUCGGCGCGUGCUUCUCCUGCCAGGGUUCCCGCGUGCAUGGCGGCGGGAUGGCGACGAUCGCAUCGAACCAAGGGCGGAGAUCCUUCAUGGUGGUGGCAUCGUCGCGUCAAACAGCUGCCAGCGCGGCCCGGAGCAGCGCUCCCCGCAGGUGGCCACACGCCUGCCGGGCGGGGUCGGGAAACGAUUUCGCCCAGCGCUCUUGCUCGCCCGAGCAGACAAAGUGGCGAUGCCAGCUGACCAACUUCGCCCACUGUUGCUGCUGGAAAACGCAGAGACCUGCGCCGAGAUUGCGCCGCAGCGCAAUGGCGUCGCGGAGCGAGGCCUCCCGCUUCACCCAGGCUCAGGCAGCGCCAACGCAGCUUGCUGCGCCCGUGCGAUCGUUGCAGCGGGUGCUGCUGGCGCGGCUGCGGUGUCGCCCCGGCCUAACGGCCGUCCCAACUGCGUUUGGGCCCCUGUGCGCUGGCCCCGCGGGGGCAUCCGCAGCUGGGCGCCCCUAGCGCUCGUCGGCGGCGCCGCCGUCGCGCCCCAGGGAGCGGAAGCGAGCGCGGUCAGGCUGCCAGCUGUCGGCUUUGUCGUCAGGCCGGCCUCGCGCCCGAAAGCCCGCUCGUCCUUUGCGCGGGCGGUGGUCGCGCUGAGCGAGCGGGGGCGCUUCUCAAGGCAGCUCUCGCCCUGCUUGCUGCAGAUGGGGCGCUCGCGCCGCUGCAAAGACGCGCGGGUCGACCUUGCGCCCUGCUGCAGCCCGAGCGGUGCUCCUGACCAGCUGGUCAUAGGCAGUUGCGCGCUUCUCUGCUUGCGCCGCUGGGCUGGCCGCGCCCGCCGCCAGCCGCGCGACCGUCUCGAUGCGUUUCAGCACCGAUGCAGCCGCGAUGCGGCCGCGCAGCAGGCCAGCCCAAGGGCCACAGCCCACUUUGCAAACGCCUGGCCCUCCGUCCACGACCUCGACUCUUCGAAUCCUUCGAUGGGCGCCUCGCACGGCCUAGGAGCCGAGGCGGCGCAGAUUGACUUCGCGGCCCUCAUGAGAGCUGCCAGGGACCGCUAUGUGGAGGUCUUCUUGUACACCGACCGACCGCGCGCCCGGCACCGCCGAUGCGGGGAGGAGACCAUCGAUUCUCCGCAGAAGGAGGGCGGCGUGCUGGAGAGCGCCGUCGCACGUGAGUUGGUGAUGCGGGAGUGCCGGGAGGUGAUGGCUGACCCGAAGCACGGCUCGCGGAUGCUGCUGAGCAUGCUGGGUGUCGAGCUGUCGCCAGGCGCCCGCGCCUGCGUGAAGCAGAUCGACAAUGGCCUCAAGCACUUCCUGGCCCAGCACCCAGAUGAGUUCUCGGUGGACGGCGUCAAGGGGUGCGAGCACGUCACCUACCACCCCGCUGGCCGGCAGCCCGGCAACGCGGCGUCGCACCGCCGCGAGCCCCCGAGGGAGGCAGUGCCCUUGCAGUUGAGCCAGGCGCUGGGACUGCUGUCGCCCACACCCGCUCCGCACGCGCCACUGGGCUGGGACGGCUGGGACGCGCUGCCGCCCUCGCCGCUGCGGGAGGUGCUGGGCAUGCUGCCGCCCCCGCCCGCCCUGGACUCGGCCUGGGAGGCGCCGACGCGGGAGGCGCCGCCGCCCAGCAGCCCAAGGCCGGCUUGCAGCCCGAGGCCGACCGACCGCCAGGCGGUGCACCCGACGCCCCGGUCCGCGCUCCUGAUGCCGCCGACGCCCAGCAGCCUCGGGGUUCGCUACGACCACACGCCGAGCCGGUGGAACUCGCCGGCGCACCAGGACCUCGCGCCCUGGCAGCCGCAGCAGUGCGACACGUUGCCGCCCUGGCCGGGCGCCCCGCCCCCGCCCCCCGAGGACUGCCUCCAGGGCCUGGCCAGCGGCUUCGCCGGCGACGGCGGUGCCGCGUUCGCGGCCAUGGCCUCGGCCAUGUCCGCCCCAUGGCCGCGGGGCCCUUCGGCGCGCACGCGGCGUGGCCCGUGCCGCCGCCAGCGUUUCCAGGCUUCCUAG